AUAGCAUAUCAUACAAAUCAUUGUUGGGGUAGCAGGUCAUAUUUUUUGGUACACAGUACUUUUUAUUUUUAUUUUGAGUUAGUAUAUCUCGUGAAGCAAAACUAAACCAAAUCAGGUGCAAAGGAAAUGACUGAUUUGACCUACACGAGGAAAUGGUGUACUCCAUAUUUCUGCAGCAUGUCUGUCUCUGUUUUCUUUGCCAGACUAACUCUGACCUGAGUCAAAUCAUAAACCCCAGGCCCCCCUCUCCUCUCUCUCUCUAGAAAUGCACUAUUUAUGCAUGUUGCCAAAGAGUUCCAUACUUCCAUACAAACAUACAGUAGUUUACAAAAACAUAGAACUUAAGAAAGAAAAGUGUGUUCUUUUUUAUCAACAGCAAAGAUAAGUCUGAAGUUUUCAGAAUGCCACCUAAUCUAAACCAAUCUAUAAACAUGGAGACUGUGGUUCUGAAGGUGAAUGUGAACUGUCAUGGUUGCCGUCUUAAAGUGAAGAAAAUCUUGAAGAAGAUUGAAGGAGUUUACGCUGUAAACGUAGAUGCAGAACAGCAGAGAGUGAUAGUUAAAGGAAUAGCAGACUCAGCAACAAUAAUCAAGAAGUUGGCGAGGUCAGGCAAACAUGCAGAGCUGUGGUCUCCAAAGUCCCAGCAUCCAGACUUGAAUCAAGAGCAAUUCUCUCAAGGCAAAUCCAAGAAGAAGACACCAAUUCAUCAUCAAAACAACAGCUCAAAAGGAGCAGUUUCAAUAGACCAGUUGAUGUACCCUAACCUACAUGAUGGAGGAUCGUUGGGAAGCGACUGGGGCUUUGAAGGAGAUCUAAAUCAAGACAUGGAGCUGGAGACAAGAGAGAGAGAAAUUUUCAAUAUGAAUCCCUUAAACAACAAGAUGUAUGGGGAUGGAAACUAUGAAAAUGACAUUGGUGCCAUGAUUUCCAUGAUGAACAUGAAUGGACAUCAUGAUCAUGACCAACGUCGUCAUCAUCAUCAUCAUGGGUAUGAUGUGGGUGGUGGUUCUCUAGACUCGGGAAGAAGUCAGUUCCAGAGAUUUCAGAACUAUUCUGUAGGAGCACCAGGUUAUGGAUAUCAGCAGCACCCAUCACCCUUGAUGGUCGAAAAUCUCUUGGGCUCCCAGUAUAACCAAAAUCCUUAUAAUGCAUGGCUCAGAACAAACCCUCAGAAUGUGCAUGCAAUGCUGAAUGAUAAUAACAGGAUGCAUAAUGGAUAUAUGCACAUGUAUCAUCAGUACUAACCUAAUUAACAAUAGAUAGUAAAGGCUGCCAGAGCCUAGAUGGAGGUACUAGUAGUACUACUGAGGAGGGAACAAAAAGCCUCUUUUUCAAAUUGAUAAACAGAUGAAGAGAAAUCAGUGUAAUGAACUGCUCAGAGUGCAGCAAUCAGACUUAUCACUUAUGAUAGGCUAAUAUAGUACUUAUGUUUUAUAUUUGAGUAUGUAGUACAUAAUGCCUGGAUAAUCCCAAGGUACCAACGUACUAAGUCAUAUAGACUAUUGCAGCAAAUGAAAUAGCAGCUAGCAGAAACACAAGAUUCAGCAACUUACUUGUUAGGACUUGGGAAUAUUAUACUAUGUUCUUUGAAGUGUUAA